GUUUUGCAACAUCUGGAGGGCCACAGUUUGAAGACUGCUGCUGUAAAGGAAAGAUCACAUACAGUCGACUAAUGUGCUUCCUGCUUUGAUUUUGCACAAGGUUUGACCCUCCCGCUGCACCGUAGCUGUUUACUAACCAUGUGGACAUGGCGCCGAGCGAUAGUCUGCUCCCUUGUAAACAUUACCCUGCGUGCAGCUUCACGGCGACCCUUCUGUGACGUCAUCAGAGGGCCCUCACUGAAGUACAGGGUGACUACUCGGAACCCUCCCCCAAUGAACUGUGAUCCUCUAUCUGUCCUUCCCCUGGCGGGUGAACGAGGACUAGAACUGCUCGGAGAACUGGAGGUCCCAGCAGCGCGGGCAAAUGCAGAAAAUAAAGCCACAGAAAGAAAUCGCCAAAAGAGAAAACGGAAGAUAACACAAAGGAAAACACGUUCCCAUAAAAAGAAGCCUGGAUCAGUGGAAAGUCUUCUAACAGAGCUGCCGUUUGCAAAUGUGGAUAUUACUUCUGUGUUUGAAACUACUGAAAUAGUGGAGAAAAAAGGAAAAAAGAAAAGGAAACAACAUAAAUUGGAAAGUGAUGAAGAUGGUGACAAAAGCAAAAAGCAAAAGCGACCCAAUUAUUUUGUCUCCCUGCCCAUUACUAAUACAAAGGUUCUUGAUGACAUCCAAACUCUUCAGAAUUCUGUGUUACAAAAAGAUGAUCGACUCUCUAGGGCCAUGAUUCCACAGGGUUCAUUCCAUCUCACACUCUUUGUGAUGCAUCUAGCCAGUGAAGAAGAAGUUACUCUAGCAAGAAGUGCACUUUUGGACAGCAAACUGCCCAUUGAAGAAAUUCUUAAGGAAAAUGUGUUAGUUCUGUCAUUUUGUGGAAUCUCUGAUUUUAAGCAUGAAGUUGCAUAUGUAAAUAUGACAAAUGAAGUUUCAAUAGCUGCUCUUAAACAAAUAACCGAAGCCACAGGGAAGAUAUUUAUGGAGAAGGGCAUUUCAGCAUCUGGAUGUAAAGACUUUGUACCGCAUUUGACUUUCAUGAAAUUAUCCAAAGCACCAAAGCUGCGGAAGCAAGGAAUUAAAAAGAUUGACGCAAGUCUGUAUAAGGAUUUCCAAGCUCACUGCUUUGGACAAGAUACACUGCUGAGACUGGAUCUUUGCUCAAUGCUAAAGAAAAAACAACCAAGUGGUUACUAUCACACAGAAGCCUCCAUAUUUUUUGGCCAGAAAUACAGAGAACUCAUCAAAGACAUUGCUUUGCAAAAAGAGUUGAAGCCUCUGCUGGACAAAGUAAAGGACAUAAAGAAAUUACUGGCUCUUUCGGAGACACGUGCAAAAAUACACAAGGAGGUGUUUGGUAUAAGACUAGUUACAGAAAACAACAGGCCGGUGUUGGCCACAGAGACUAAUGUGUUGACAUAAUAUUUGGAAUGAGGUUUAAUACAGGAGACUUCACUAUUCUGAAUGUUACAUGUAUAACUGAGUUGUGUAUAGUAGAUUCUGAAUCACAUCACAGGUUUGACAAUUGUGUUUGACAUAUUGUCACAUGGAUUUCUUUACAAUGUUGAGGCUAUAUAAGUUUAAAGGGUUGAUGUAAAACCAUGUUGGGUAUUCAUCAUGUUAACCAUCCCCACUCCUGCAGAAGAGCCAGGGCGCUCCCUAACCAUUCUUGAGCUACUUGAUAGAAUGUAUCUAGUGGUCUCCUGGCCUGUUGUCUUCAGUCAUUUAACACUGUAUAAGAAAAGGUCACACAACCGCCACCUGACCAAUAUUUGUGGUGGCAGCCACCUGAGACACAGUUGUAUUGCACUGUUACCGGGACAGUAGCAUUAAAGCCUAGAAAAGGAUCAGUGACAUAGGGCCUCACAAAAUGAUUUUUAGCUAAAGAAUGGUAAACCUUUUUUUGUUAAUAUUAGCAUGUUAAAAGUUUUGUUUAGGUAAACCUAAUCCUUGCGAAGGGUAAGGCUGCGUUCACACAACGGAAAUUCCGCCUAUCUGCAUCAAUUCUGCAUCCGCAUUGCUUUUCUGCAGAAUUCAGCAGUUUUUUAACAUUUGCGGAAUCGGUUCGGAAUUUGUGCGGAAAUGUUUGCACAAAUUCCACAUGAUUCUGCAUCCCAGUUAAAGUCUUUUUUAGUAGAACACUAAAAGUUCAUAGUGACUCCAGGCGAAUUUUGCACAAAUAGGCAGAAAUCAAGCCCUAUUGACUUCAAUGGGAUUCCGGAGCCAAAGUCAGGAAAAAUAUAAGACCACGCCCACUGUGGAAAUUCUGCUGUGUAAAUAUCCUUGCAGAAUCCCAUUUAAGUUAAUGGGCAAUACAUUUAGGUGGAAGUCAUUUUGUUUACCUUAUCCAGUUUUAAAAUUUUAGUGAUAUAAUAAUAUAUUUUUAUUAUUUCUUCAAAAAAAGGCGGUUAAAGCUUGUAUUUCAGCUAUGUCUGUACUGUAUAUUAAACUUCACAUUUUGUUAACUGUGAAAAAGCAGUGAACAGGUCAUAGACAUGAGGUCUUCAUAGACAUCAGCUGAUUGUAUCAGUUAAGCCAGCAUUUACUGAUAAACCGAUGUCUGUGGGAACACCCCAACCAUUCCUUCAUGAAACAGCAAUUGUAGCCUAUCCAACUUUUUGUUUUCUUAUGAUAAGAGAAGCUAGAUAUUAAACAAGUGGUGCCAACAUCGAUGAUCAACGCUCGUUGUUUAAUGAGCCUUCACGUGGUUCAACCAAUUGCAGAUGGGCCACACCAACUAUUGGCGGAUCAUUCAUGUGGCUCUUUAAUGUCAUUAUUGUCGGCCACACAUCACCUGUCUACACAUAACAGUGAUUUUAAUGCCCGCUCAAAAGAUCUGAUCAGCAGACAAACAAGCAUUUUCUCCUUUUAAAGCUGAUUGUUGGCCUUUUUACAGGGGCCACCCAUAGAAAAUGAGUGUUCCUAUGACAGCUUAUUCAGCCUAUAAAUGGCCCAUGUAAAAGGGCCAGAAGGUGCAUUCACAUGUUCAGGUUUUUAAUGGCAAGUGUUGAACACAAAGCCAGAAAUGCAUUUGGAAAGUGAUCUCCUUUAUAUGUGUCCUCCAUUUAUGAUCAAUUGCCGGCUUUGUAUUCGAUGAUUGUUGUCAAUUCCAAUAAUAAACCCAACAGACUGCUAUUGAAGCAAAUGGUGCAUACCAAACAAUGGUUUGGCUGAUAUGUAUUUUAUGUCUAUUGCUAGCAAAAGGGGCUGUCCCGGAUUAAGAAAAAGGGAUCUUAUUCCCAGAAGCAGUUCCCCCUUGGCAAAAGCUAGUGUUAGGAACUGCAGCUUGGCUUAAUUUAAGUAAAUACAGUCCUAAUAGAAGACACUGUAUUAAGACAAGUGUAGUGGUGCUUCUGGAGAAAAGCAGACCCGAUUUUCCAUAUCUGUCUACAGGUUGUGUCUUCUUUUGCAGCUCAACACCAAGUAAGUGAAACUGUCAACUGGAAAUUAACUGCUGACAGUUUUACAUACUGUAAGUCUUAUGUAAAGGAUAUGCCGUCUGUGACUCACACUGUGAGGGGGCAGAGAGACAUUACAACACCUUGGAACCCGAGCUACCUUCUCUGACAGUUGACUGUUGCAUAAAACUGUUUACUGAAUUGCAGCCACAGACAUUUGACAAGUACAUUUUAAAGGGGGGGUGGAUGUUUAUUAACCCCUUAAGGACCAAGGACGUACCGGUACGUCCUUGGUCCUGCUCUUCUGAUAUAACGCGGGGUUACACAGUAACCCCGCGUCAUAUCAUGGCGGGCCCGGCGUCAUAGUGAAGCCGGGACCCGCCUCUAAUAGCGCGCAGCGCCGAUCGUGGCGCCGCGCGCUAUUAACCCUUUAGCCGCGCGCUCAAAGCUGAGCCGCGCGGCUAAAAGUGAAAGUGAAAGUUCCCGGCUAGCUCAGUCGGGCUGUUCGGGAUAGCCGCGGCUAAUCGCGGCAUCCCGAACAGCUGACAGGACAGCGGGAGGGCCCCUACCUGCCUCCUCCCUGUCCGAUCGCCGAAUGACUGCUCAGUGCCUGAGAUCCAGGCAUGAGCAGUCAUCCGGCAGAAUCGUUGAUCACUGGUUUCUUAUGAGA